AAUUACAGUUCGAUUCCGUUGGCGGGGAAAGGGGAGAGAGAGUGGUUUGUCUGCUCCACCCAAAGCCAGCGUUUCCCGUGCUUGUUGUUUUACGAGCACAUAGCAUUCCUCUUCUCUGCUUCUUUCCUCCUUUCAUCUCCCCAUUGUUGUUCUAUUCUGUUAUCACCCUCUUUUAAUCAAUCACCCAUUUCUGAAUUUCGCUCUUUCCUUCCUUCUUUCUCCCCUUGCCACUAAUUAUAUAAGGUAUGAUUAGAGUUGGGUUGGGUUGGAAUGGGUUGAGUUUCUAGUUCUUGGAGGAUUCUUCAAUCGGAAAGAAGAGGAUGUGUUGGUGAAUCAUUUAUAAUGCUGUUAGCGAAAUCAGGUCUUCCGGAGAAGAUCUGAGCAUUGAUUUUCCGGGCUGAAAAGUGAAAAGAUGAGUGCUUCAAGGUUUAUAAAAUGUGUCACUGUUGGUGAUGGCGCUGUUGGUAAGACCUGUCUUCUGAUUUCUUACACGAGCAACACCUUUCCUACGGAUUACGUGCCUACUGUCUUUGACAAUUUCAGUGCAAAUGUUGUUGUCAAUGGGAACACCAUCAAUCUCGGAUUAUGGGAUACAGCAGGACAAGAGGAUUACAAUAGACUUAGACCAUUGAGUUACAGAGGAGCAGAUGUUUUCAUUUUGGCAUUCUCUUUGAUUAGCAAGGCUAGCUAUGAAAAUGUUUCCAAAAAGUGGAUUCCAGAAUUGAUGCAUUAUGCUCCUGGAGUUCCUAUAAUCCUUGUUGGGACCAAACUCGAUCUACGGGAUGAUAACCAAUACUUUUUAGAUCAUCCUGGUGCUGUUCCAAUUACAACUGUUCAGGGAGAGGAACUAAAGAAGCUAAUUGAGGCUCCAGAUUACAUUGAAUGCAGUUCCAAAUCACAGCAGAAUGUGAAGGCUGUGUUUGAUGCUGCAAUCAAGGUUAUCCUCCAGCCACCAAAGCAGAAGAAGAAAAAAUCAAAAGUCCAAGCUUGCUCCAUAUUGUAAGUGAUGGAUGAAGAUGAUGAACACAUCGUCAAACAAAACAGCAGAGCGGGUGGUCUGAAACGAUUUUCGUUUCCAUUUGUUUUCUCCUCACUUACUUUUUUAUGUUUUAGUUAAGACAUCCCAACAUAUAUGAGCAGUUGUGUUGUGCUUGUGUUUCUUCUGUACUCUACUCUAUAUAUAUCAACUUCUUAUGCUAAGCUAAUAAAUAAUGUUUGAUUUGUAGGACAAGAGAAGAUCCUCUUAACUGUUUUAUGGAAAAUAGUUUAUGUUUUGUUUUUCAU